AUGACAUCAGAGAAUAAUAAUCGAUCAAUUUCAAUAGUAUCUUCCUCCUCUUCUUCUUUACCACAAUCAUCUUCAUUAUCGUCAUCCUCUUCUUCAGUAUCAACGAUAACUAAUUCAACAACAAUAAAUACAUCAUCACCAUCUACUGCGACUACUUCGUCUUCUAAUGUAUUAUCAUAUGAUCGACCAUUUAGUACUUAUAGUUGGAAAGUUGCCAGUUUUCAACAAUACAUUAAGAAUACAAGAAAUGGUUCAUUGUGGAGAUUACAAAUCCAUCCUAAUGGAUUUAAACCAGGACAUCAAAAUAAUAUAUCGUUAUUUCUACAAGCAAUUCAAACACCAUAUGAACGACAGAAUAAUAUACCAACAAGACAUCAACGAUACAAAUUGGAACUGGAAAAGAUAGAUUAUGAAGGGGAUGUGGCAACAGAUCCUAAAAUCAUAGCAGAAUAUCAAAUAAUUAAUAAAGAUUUUGAGUUUGGUAAAGAGAGCUGGGGGUAUCCAAAGUUUUGUUCAUUUGACAAAUUAUUUCCAGAUGGGAAUAGAACGAAAGAAAUAGAUUUGAUUUUCAUAGUACAUUUCUUUCAUAAUGAGGAAUACAAUAAGAUUUUGGAAGAGAGUGUCAAAAAGAAUUUUUUGAUCAGAAAUGAAUAUUACUUCAAUAAUGAAAUAUUCUCUGAUAUUGAGUUUGUGCUAGAUUCAGGUAAUAUUAUCAAAGCACAUAGAGUCAUUGUAGCAGCAGGGUCCAAAUAUUUUAAAAAUAUGUUGGAAGGAGGAUGGAAAGAACAAAAUAUGAAAUCAAUACCAAUAAAGAAUAUUAAAGAUGAGACAUUCAAAGCAAUAUUGUACAAUUUGUAUACAGACAAGAUCAUUGAAGGAUUAGAUUUCAAAGUAAUGAAGGAUAUUUAUAUACAGGCAGAUAUGAUUGGAUUGGAUAGAUUACAGAAUUUGGCACAAAUGAAGUUAGUAGAGAUGAUAUCAGAAGAUAAUUGGGAUGAUAUAUUAAUAUUUAGUUGGGAAUGUGGUAAUAAUUAUUUAAAAUCUAUGGUGUUGAACUUUAUUGCUAAUAAUUGGGAAAAUAUUAAAAAAAAUGAAAACACUCAGAAAAUAUUUAAAACUGGUAAUAUUGAAUACAUUGAAGAAUUAAUGUCUGCUGUCAUUAAAAGAAAAGAAUUAUGA